UCAUGAUAAACAAAGCGAGGCACACACGGACGUUGCUUUGAAGGAGACCAUUAGCCAGGAAAGUUACAAAACCGAAUUAGGGAAAGAAAAAUAACAAUUACGAAAGGUUGUUCUAAAGAUCUCUGCCUUCUUGAACCUUGGGAAGAGAGACAAGAAUGUUGCUGUUUUCCAGGAACAUGGAAGCGAGGCGGGAAUCUCUCCAGGUACCCAAAGUCCAGCUGAAGCAAAAAUUUGGGGUAACAGAAGACAGCAUAGCUAAACUACUGAUGGUCGGUGCCAAGAUCGUGGAGGCAGUCACUCAGACGGACCGUUAUUACGACACGGCUUCGGAUGAUCUAGCAAUGGCUGGAUUAUGGCUAAGUCGAAGGGACCAAGAAUGGUUUCUUAUAGUAGAAUCUCAGAAGAAAGAAACCCAAGGAAAUCUUGAGGAACAAAGCCAGGGAAAAGUUGCCAAUCCAGAACCUUUAUGCCAGGAGAUGACCAGCCUUGUCCAUCAGGACCCUCCUCAUGUCUGUAGGAAGUCAUCCAAACCAAAUCCAGUAGAGCUGGGAUCUCUCCCCAACCACCAGGAUCAACAGCUUGACGGGAAGACCGCAGAUUCAGAAUCCGACGGUCCAAAUGUUAGUUCUGCCUUCACAGAGUUGGUAGGCAAGGGUGAGAUCAUGGCCUACCUAGAAGCCCAUCUUCGCCUAGAUUUACAAACCGAGGAACGAGAAGAGGCAACGAUGGAAAUUUUCCUGGAGAAGGCGGGCAUAGAACAUUAUGCCAGCAACCACCUCAUUAAACAAACCACAUAUCUAUUGUCGGAUAGGUAUACUAUUAUCGUCCAAAGGGAAGAGAGCGGUUUAAGAGAGUCUGUAACGGUGUCGCUAGAGGUUGAUGUUUUUAACAUUUGCGGAGGUUUGGAAGAGAUCGAAAAAUUGGCCGCUUACCUGGGCUUUGAACACCCAGGUAGUCAGAGCGAGCGAGAAUUUAUGACGUAGCAAACCACCCAAA